AUGACAGCCGUCGAAGCGCAGCAUUUUGAGGACACCAAGGCGAUCAAGGCCCUGAUCCAGGCCUUUUUCGACUCCAUCAAUGCUGCAGACAGCAAAGCUCUGAAAUCGCACUUCUUCCCCGCAGCCAACUUGACCAUCAUCCGCCAAGACCCUCCCUUGCCAGCAGACUCCGAGAGGGAGAGGGCGGAUGCCGCGGAUGAGAAGCUCACUGUUGUACUGCGGACCACGAUCGAGAAGUUCGUCAAGCUGAUCGACGACGGAGAGAAGAGGAGGAAGGGCCAGCCGCCCGGCCCGGUGCUGCACGAGAGCCCGGACCUCGACGCCACGGACGUCAAGGUCGAUGCACUGUUCGGGUCGGCCUGGAGCCCCUUCAGGGUCACCUUUGACGGCGUGCUGCACCAUUACGGGAUCAUGGUGUAUACCCUGGGGAAGACCGAGGUCCCCGAGGGAGGCGGCAAGAGGGAGUGGAAGAUUGAGGGCGUAACGCAGAACUACCGCCGGACGCCUGGGUGGCCCGAGGGGGAGCUGUCGGGGACGGUGUGA